GAGCUGCAGUUCGAGCUGAAAGUGAAGAUGGAGUCCCGAUCCCAGUCCCCAGCACCCACCACGUUCGAUCACCAGCUCUGUUCAGCCAAGCCGCACGGGAAUACUCCUGUGUAGUAGUAGCAGUAUCGCGGUCCGUAGUAUAAUAGGAUCAAUGUACACGGGCGAGUAAUAUCAUGGGCGAUACAAAUAUUUGCUUCUUUCAUCGGUGUACAGUAAGAUAUUACCAGCGAGCACCAGCCAGAGUCGUCUCCCUGCGACGCUUACGCUGUUCGGCGAUAGUGGAACUCUGCCUUCGCUACCGAGUCUCUCUCUGUACAUAUAUCUCCGUCUCUACAUGCGACUUGCGUCCGUUACUGUACCCACGCGUUCUCGUUCUCCUGAUAGAUAUGAUAGAUAUGUGUGGUGUUAUUAUAUACAUCAUAGGUACGUCUCUGUCAAAUGCCUGCUGUCUGCAACGGAUGCCCGCCUCGAUAGGGACGGAGGCGCAUUCACGUUGCUGAUUGAAGGCUGCAGAACGACCGCC